GUGUAUCAUAUAACUCGUCUUCUAUCCAACCUCCCUCGUCCAAUUCCAGUGUAAAAACGCAGUGCGCAAUACGCACCCGAGGACCGGAAGAAGCGUGUACGUUAUACCAGCAAUAGAUGGUGGUCCUCCUCUCCUCUCAACAUCUGCAUCUCCCCUUUUUAUCUCCUCCUCCAUCCCCUCCGAAGAGAUCCAAUCAUCGAACCUCCAUCUCCAUGACUUCUUCUUCUUCUUCUUCUUCUUCUCCGUACUCUCACAAGGACACGCGGCGGUCGUCUCUCCUCGAAUUCCCCCAUCUCUCCCCCUCCCACCGCGAGCUCAUGCUCGAUCUCAUCUCCACCGUCGAGACCCGCCUCGGGCCCCACCUCCUCCCUUCCGCCGUCCCACCAGACGUCGCAUACUUCCAGACCGACUCUGGAAAUUCCCAAGGUUCCCUCGACAUCAGAUCCGGCCGGAAGGACUCCAAGAUCGAUUUCAUCCUCGGAUCUUGGCUCCACUGCUUGCUCCCAUCCGGCGCUGCGCUCGACAUCGCCACCCUCUUCGCAUACCUCAGUCCCAAAACAGAUGCCCCACACCUUCUAUUGGAAUUCAUUCAGAGCAGCCCUACAUCUCUCAUACUCUUCAUGGAUUUGCUCCCAAGGAAAGACCUUGUACUCCAUCCGAAUUACCUCGAGACCUUCUACCAGAAUACGCAACUGGACGCACAACGGAGUAAGUUAUUAGGAGUUCCAAAUAUAAAAACUUACUUCUCUUCGUCUCUUUACAUCCGCAGUGUCUUAUCUCCCACUGCCAUUGCAAUGAGCAUAAAUUGUGAAGAAGGGAGUGUGGAUGAGAUAAUGCGUGAUUAUGUUGACAGUGUUGCGAAAGAGUUAGUGAGGAUUUGGUUGGAUGAAUGUGCUGUUGGGGGGAAAGAGAUUGAGGAGGAUGAGAGGGAUGACUUGGUUAGGAGAGAUGAUCUGCUCAAGAGGAAGACAGUGGAAAUUGAUCUUGCUUCGAACUUGCCAAGAUUGUUUGGUGCAGAUGCGGCGGGCCGGAUUGUGGAUGAGAUUCAGAAGGUGUUUGGAAUUGAUUGAGGCACGGAGCUGGUUUUCAGUCCUCACCUUGUAUCAAUAUACUUCAUGGAUUCAAGGAAAGUUAUAGGUAUGUUCCCUCUGUUCAUAGCUAGAUUUUAAAUGAAUGUAAUUAGCUUUUGGUUGUGUGACAAGCAUGGUGUGAAAAAAACAGAUCUAAUACUCAUGCAGUGUGUUGAUUCGUGGACACUCCUGAAAUUGUACAUUUGGCACCCAUCAAAUCAAAUUAGAUCAUCCAAAUUGUGGGACCCACUAUAGAUA